AUGCCGCCGCCGAAGUCCACAAUACCGCCUGCCGCACAGCCAAAGUAUUCCGCAUUCUUCGGUGCAUGGAACUCAUCGUCGACAGGACAUCAAAGGGCAGAGAACACUCUAGGACACUCAACAGGAUGGAGACAAUCUAGGAAUAUGAAGCUUUCACACCAGUUCAAGAGCGGCGAUAGUGGAGGGAAACGAGUCUCUGAUCAGGUCGGCGCAGGCUCUGAGCAUUGGGAUGACAAGGCUAAGGCUUUGAUAACGAAGGAAGUUAGAGAGCGGGCAAGAUGCAGCGUGGCAGAUAUGGUUACUGGAAAAUAUCUCUGCGAGAAAGGAACGGCAAUGUUAACGAAUGAAGAGAAGUUAAUGGCACAGAGGAAACAAGAGGAUGACCUAAAGGAAGAGGAAGAGCUGAACCGCAAAAAAGGGGUCUUCGACGGUCUUGUGAUCUAUGUCAACGGAAGCACGUAUCCUUUGAUAUCAGAUCAUAAGCUCAAGCAUGUUCUUGCCGAGAAUGGAGCCAAAAUGUCGCUUCAUCUUGGGAGACGGCAGGUCACGCAUGUCAUCUUGGGAAAGCCUUCUGGUACCUCGGGGGUAGGAGCUGGUGGUGGUUUGUCUGGAACUAAGAUGGAGAAGGAGAUCCGUAGAGUCGGAGGCUGUGGAGUCAAAUAUGUCGGAGUUGAAUGGGUCCUCGAGAGUCUCAAAGCUGGCAAACGACUUUCCGAAUCGCCAUUUUCGAAUCUCAAAAUUGCUCCCAAAGGACAGAAGAGUGUCUACGGAAUGUUCAAGAAAACCAAUAGCACGGGAUCUACAGGAGAUUUCGGCUCUGGUUUUUGA